GAGAGAGAGAGAGAGAAUUAAUGUCAGGCAGGCGCAGUAGCAGACUCCUAUAUCCGACACGGAGACGGACGGUGCCAGCUGCUAGCUAAGUUAGCUAUAGUAGACAGUUAACGUUAGCAACUAGCUUCAGAGUCUUAGCGCCUUUACUACACAUGAUAUAAGGGCUUGAGCAAGAGUGUGUGUGUGAUAGGGUGUGUCGACGCUUGAGUGCCCGUUUGGCCAUCCCGAAGUCACUUCGUGUGUUUGUGUGUACAUGUGUGUGAGUGUGUGCAUGCGCGAGUGUGUGUGUAUAAACUCCCCUAUUCCUCUACUGAGCAGUCAUCGUCUCUGUGAUUGUGUGUGCGAGGUUAGCACUAAGUGAAGCAAACGCACACAUAAACACUGAUAGUCGACUGUCAACAUUCCGUGUCCGGUAACCAGCGGAUUCACAUCAUUUACUGACACCGACUCAGCACCAGCAUGAUGUUGAGGUACACUGUAGUCCGAGGCGGCCUCGGCCUGUUGACCGUGAGGAGGGCGUGUCUUUCCCCCCGCUUCACCCACUCUGCCCCGAAGACUGAGUAUCGACCAAUCAAGAAAGUCAUGGUGGCCAAUAGAGGUGAGAUCGCCAUCCGUGUGUUUAGAGCCUGCACCGAACUGGGGAUUCGAACUGUGGCCGUCUACUCUGAGCAAGACACUGGACAAAUGCACAGGCAGAAGGCAGACGAGGCUUACCUGAUUGGAAAAGGCCUGCCACCUGUAGCGGCAUACCUGGACAUUCCUGACAUCAUCAAAGUAGCCAAGAACAACAAUGUGGAUGCCAUCCACCCAGGCUACGGUUUCCUCUCCGAGCGGGCAGACUUUGCCCAGGCCUGCGCAGACGCAGGGGUGAUGUUCAUAGGACCAAGCCCAGAAACGGUCCGCAAGAUGGGAGACAAGGUGGAGGCUCGUUCCCUGGCCAUCAGUGCAGGUGUACCUGUGGUCCCAGGAACAGAAUACCCCAUCACCUGCCUGCAGGAUGCGCAGGUGUUCACCCAGACGUACGGCUUCCCCAUCAUCUUCAAAGCAGCCUACGGUGGAGGUGGUCGUGGAAUGAGGGUGGUCAGAGAGUAUGAGGAACUUGAGGAGAAUUACCAGCGGGCCUACUCUGAAGCCCUGGCGGCUUUCGGGAACGGAUCGCUGUUUGUUGAGAAAUUUAUUGAAAAGCCAAGACACAUUGAAGUACAGAUCCUCGGCGAUAAAUAUGGUAAUGUCAUCCACCUCUAUGAGAGAGACUGCUCCAUUCAGCGGAGACACCAAAAGGUUGUGGAGAUUGCACCUGCUUUCCAACUGGAUCCUCAUCUGAGAGACCGACUCCACGCUGAUGCUGUCAACCUCGCCAAACUGGUGGGCUACGAGAACGCAGGGACUGUGGAGUUCCUGGUUGACAGACACGGCAAACACUACUUCAUCGAGGUCAACUCUCGACUGCAGGUUGAACACACGGUCACCGAAGAAAUCACUGAUGUGGACCUGGUGCAUGCCCAGCUGCGUGUGUGUGAGGGCCGCAGCCUGCCAGAACUGGGCCUCAGACAAGACAAGAUCAGGGUCAACGGCUGUGCGAUUCAGUGCAGAGUGACGACCGAAGACCCGUCCAGAGGCUUCCAGCCAGACACCGGAAGGAUUGAGGUCUUCCGAAGCGGCGAAGGCAUGGGCAUCCGCCUAGACAGCGCCUCGGCCUUCCAGGGUGCGAUCAUUUCGCCCCACUACGACUCCCUGUUGGUAAAAGUCAUCGCCAGUGGAAAGGACCUGCAGACGGCAGCUUCCAAGAUGAGCCGAGCCCUGGCCGAGUUCAGAGUGCGAGGGGUCAAGGUAGGAAAUUCAGCCACUGUGUGCUCUGACAAAGCCGAUGCUUUGCAUGCAGCUUUUUCCUGCUUUUAUUUGCAUUUAAUGUUUUCAUUGUUUCCCAUGUGGUGGGAAAAGGAUGACCUCGCUGAUGGGGGGUGGGGGGAGGACCACUCUGUAGAUAAUGUCAAAAUGCUGUGUUGUCAAGCUGGGAAAUAGGCAAUUGUCAAAGGC